UCUGUGCCAGCCUCACUGGGCAUCAAAGCAACCCCUUGUGAACCCCAUAGAGGGGAUGGUCAUUGCACCAGCACAGGCUCCGGAGUUGCCUUCUCCUCUGAAGCACUUGGUUUGGUUUAUGGGUAUUUUUAAUUAAAAAAAAAAAAAAGUUCUCUCUCCUGCAUGUUCCCCUUGUUCUUAAGCAGAUGAAGUUUUAGUAAGGAAAAGAAUUGAAACUGUAGAGUUGUUGGAAUGGUUUAGUUUGGAAGGGACAUAAAAAGAUUGUAGGCUGAGCUCCCUGCUGAAGGCAGGGCCAGCUUGGGGAAGUGUCCUGGUAUCCCUCAAACAAGAGGUAUAGGCUACCCUGUCCAAAAUUCGGGUAUUGCUGCAAAGUUAUGUUCUUGCUGGCCUUCAGUUCCAGUGAGGCUCUUCCUGUUUUCCCUGGCCUGAAGAAGGCAGCACAACCUCGAGUCUCCACACUUCCUGCACUCCCCCUUAUCUACACCGGGGUCAUGUCCCUGUCUCUCUUAAUUAUCCCAAAAAUCCCUCUCAUUAUCUUGUGUGAUUCAGUGACUUGUAUCUUUCUGUGGGUGUAACGAGCUGCAUGAAAGUUCCUGUUCAUCAGACUUUGACCAAAAAAAAUUCUAAGCUUGUACAGUUUCAGUAGCUGACAAGGUGCAUUUGGGGUUGCUCCUGUUUCUGGGCCAUAGCCACGAUCCAGCGCAGGCGUGUCAGGACCCGUGCUGGUGCAUGGGCUCCCGCAGGGCUGAGGGGGGCAGAGCAGUGCUGGCUGAGCACCAGCAAAGCUCCAGCACAGGUGGGCUGAGAUCCACAUAGAGCAGUUGCUCAGCUCUGCUGUAACUCCUGAUGUUUGGGUUUUCAUUGGUGUGCUGCAGCCCAUCCUCCCUUCUCCCCUGCAGCCCUGGUGGGAUGUGCUGCAGAGAUUGCCUCCAUGCUGGGCUGAGGUUCAGGAAAUCCGGGCUGCAUCCUGGCCCUGUCACAGCCUGCCUCCGUAGCAGGGAGCAAGCCUUGGUCCUCGGGGUAAUAGUCCAUGAUGUGAAUGAGCUGACGGAAAAGCUGUUUCCCAUCGUUGAAGCCAUGCAGAAACACUUCAGCGCUGGAUCAGGGACCUACUACAGCGACUCCAUCUUCUUCUUGUCGGUCGCAAUGCAUCGCAUCAUGCCCAAAGAAAUAACACAGAUCAUCCAGGUAGACUUGGACCUGAAGUACAAGACCAACAUCCGAGACCUGUUUGAUGAGUUUGACAAUUUCCCAGAGGGAGCAGUGAUUGGAAUUGCCAGGGAAAUGCAACCAGUGUACAGGCACACCUUCUGGCAGUAUCGCCGCGAGAACCCCCAAACCAAAGUGGGGGAGCCCCCUCCUGAUGGGCUGCCAGGCUUCAACAGUGGUGUCCUGCUCCUGAACCUGGAAGCCAUGAGGCAGUCCAAGCUCUACAACCAGCUGCUGGAGCCCACCAUGGUGCAGAAGCUGACGGAGAAGUACCACUUCAAGGGCCACCUUGGAGACCAGGAUUUCUUCACUAUGGUGGGGAUGGAGCACCCAGAGCUUUUCCAUGUGCUUGACUGCACGUGGAACAGGCAGCUUUGCACGUGGUGGAGGGACCAUGGAUACAGUGAUGUGUUUGACCAGUACUUCCAGUGCGAGGGUGAGGUCAAAAUUUACCAUGGGAACUGCAACACCCCGAUCCCUGAGGACUAGAACACCCACCACCCCUGGGAGCAGCUCUGACUGCAAAAGCCUUAGUGGCUGCACCAGCAGUCCCUCGGGAAGGGUGGCCAGCUCUGAUCCGUUGCAUCCCAGGGGAAUCGCUGGGGAUCCCAAGAGCUUUCAGUAUCCCACAGCCUGUAACCUCAUCCCUUCAGGAGUUCAGUUGCUGGAGCAGGAUAUCCCCAGUCACUCUGUCCAGACUAGCUCCUGGCUCUGCCUGGGGCAAGUCCAUGGUGCCUGUCUGUGCCACAGCUGCUGGGACAUGGGGACAGCCAAGGGGCCAUCAGAGCCUGCUGCCUUUGCCCAUGGCAGGGUGCAGCUCCCUGGGUGCUGUGCAGCCUUACCUUGGAUGGUCAGCAGGAGCCCACAGCAGGCACUUGGAUGUUGUUUGUCGUUCCUCAGUGGCCCAUUUCUGCACCUCAUGCAGAGCACUGGUCUGGUCUCUCCGGAGAGCAGACACCGUCCUCAGGUCAUCUUCCUUUCUAAGCAUUCCAGAAAGGCAAGAAGGCUUUAAAGACUGAAAAACUGCUUUAAAUUGGGUUACUUACAAACAAAAAUUGAAUGCUAGAUGAGCUUUAAAGCCGUCCAUUGGUUCUUCUUAGCAAUAAAAGCUUUACUGCCUUGUCCUAGAAGCGUUCAGUGAGCGUGUACCAAUAGAUUCAUUUUUCUAGCUUUGCCUCUAACCUUUUGUACAGAAAUAAAGCUGCAGAUGUCAGA